UGUAAACACGUAUAUUUUUUGCAGUGAUAAUGUUUCUUCAUGUAUAUCAAAAUGAUUUUCAUUCAAAACGUUGAAGUGUUAAAACGGAUGUAUAAAUCUUGAAUUUUAGUUUGCUUGCAGCGGUUUGUAGUGUUUAGUUGUAUGAUUUAAAUAUCCAUCGUACAUGAACCGUGUGUUGUAACUUAAUAAAUUAUUCUAAAUAUGGUGUAUACGGAAAUCGAUUUUAAUGUCUAGAUUGAUGUAAAAACAAAACGUGACAGAUGGACAAGUGAAAAUCUUAACAACAAUAAAGAUGGAUGGAAUAUGGAAAGAGAAUUCCCCCGAACUAGUUCAGGAGAAUGAAGGAGACCAACUCCUGUCGACACCAAAGAAGAACUAUUGUCUCCGAUGGAUGUCUCUACUUGCCGGGGGAUUAGCUCAUGCUAUGUUGGCAUCCAAUCUGAUAUUCUAUGUCUACAUUAAUGAUAUCAAAGCCAAGUUUCACUAUAACCAGACAGAAGUGGAAUUAUUUGCAUCCAUGUUGAAUGCCGGAAUUGGUCUUGGGUUUCUACCCAAUUUAAUUGGUAGCAAACUGAAAUCUACGUGGAUAUUAGUUAUUGGUUUACUGUUGAGUACUGCUGGAUUACUUUUAUUGUGGAGUUCUACAAAGAUGGUGGCAUUUUAUGAGGGAAAGAGCUGGCUUAUGGCUUUAUAUUUUCUUAUUAGCGGUCUUGGAGGUUCUGUAGCGUACAUUAUGGCAUUACGAUUCAACGCAACACAUUUUGCAGAAGACAAAAGGGGUCGCAUAAUGGCGAUGAUGUUUAUUUUUAUUGAUAUCGGCAUGAUCAGCUUUACAGUUAUAUAUUACAAGGCUUUACCCGCUGCCACCAGAUUAGAAGGGUUUUUGAUUGUUGUGGUAUCUUUCAAUGCUGCCGUAUAUAUAUUUUGCAUGAUAUUCCUCAGAAAUACACCAUCUAAUAUCGGAGAAAUUACUGUUGCGAAAGAGGAACCACAUUCGUCUAAUUUCAAAUAUGAAGCAAUGGACACUGAGAACGCAUUGUCAGAAAAAUCCUUUUCGGAACUCCUCUGCACUAUUGAUUAUCAAUUGCUUGCAUGGAUGUGUUCAUCGGCAUUUGCUGUAUCUCUGUUGCUAAGCAACAAUAUGACAGUCUUAACAAAAGAACUUGACCUGACCUCUAUAGAUACUGUCAUCACGAUCAUGUAUCCACCGAUAGUUAUUGUUGCCGCAUUGGUAUUCAGUUUAGCAUCCGACAAAUUGAAGCAUACACUAACGAGGACGUCAUUUUUAAUCGCCGGAGUAGUAUGUUUAGCCAUCAGUUCGAUAUUAAAUGCUUUUUUAUCGUCAGGCAAGGGUGUUGUCAUCACUGCGGUAGUGUUAGCUGCUGUUGGAACAGGUAUAGUAUAUACCAUUGGACCUACAGCUAUGAGUGAAGUGUUCCACAUUGAUAAUUUAAUGCGGAACUGGGGAUUGGUAAUGCUUCUGCGAGCUGUUCUGAUAAUUAUUCUUCAUUUGAUUUUCGGUGAAAUAUAUGAUCUUGAAGUCAGUUCAGAUGCUUCAAUGUUUUGUAAAGGUUUACAUUGUACUCGUUAUGGAUAUCUUUUAACAUUUGGCGUGGCAGUUAUAGCCGUCGGCCUUGGAAUAAUAUUGAUUAUACGCAAUAAUUUAAGAAAUAAGAGAACAACGGAGAUGUGAUGAAGGAAUCAGCUUGUCGAGUCAUUUUAUUGUAAAACUAGUUUUAACUGCUUCUCAACAUAAGCUCUUUAAGUAAGAAAUUAAUAUUUGUACAACUUAUGUUUAUUUCAUUGGUGUUGCUAUUUUUCAAAGUAGAAAUACGAUUGAAUAACAUAACAAAAUAUCAUUUAUUAUUUAUUUGUCUGUUAAGGAACGGUAUUCCUUGAUUUAACAAAGCGGUACGUACUACUUGUUCAAUGUUAAGAUAUAUAGUUGUUGUUAUUUUUUUUUACAUGUAUAUUAAAAUUUUAUUUGAA